AUGUCGCAUCGAGACUACGGGAUCAAAGUGCCAAUUUAUGAUUCGAGACAAAUGUUGCGUAUCGAGAGACCGUUACGUCCAACUGCCCAGUUCAUCCACGUGUCGCAAAGCGAAGCUGGGAUUGCGUGGUUGGGUGGUAAUCAAUCACAGUGCCUGAAAAGGCUAGUUGUAGCGAUUUCGUCGCAUGACUUGGUCGGAGACAAGUUUGGCAGCGUCCGCCCGAACAACAGACUGAUCAUCUACGGGGAAGACUAUGACUUGCCCCGCACCGAGCCGACUCCGCCGACCUACCCCGCCGGUUUACCCACAUUUCCCGGUCGCCGAUGCGAGAUGUCUGACAAGGAGGGGGCGGCCCCCCCGCCGGAAGGCGUACUGCCAGAUUUUCAGCACCCGCGAGAUGUAUUGCAUACGAUCAAUUUGGUGUCGCAAAUUCUUUCGAUUGUGUCCGUCAGUAUCUUCAUGAUGCUGCGCAUUUAUGCGAAAACGCUCAUCGCGCCGCCAUUCUACUUGGAUGAUUGGAUGGCGGUUGUCGCCUGGAUACUGUCGAUCGGCUACAGUUCGACGGGGCUCGUGAUGCAUCGUUAUGGAGGUGGUUUCCACAUCUAUGAGAUCUCAAAGGACAAUUUCGUUGGGUUCUUGAAGGGGUUAUACGCGGACACGCUUGUCUACGGCCCAAAUUCCUAUUUCACGAAACUCGCGUUACUGCUCAUCGUGAUCAGAGUCUUCAGGCUGAACAAGAAGACAAUAAUCGGCACAUACGCCGUCAUAGUGUUCAUGACUGGAUACUAUGUGCCGGUCCUUUUUCUCAAAACGUUCAUCUGCCAUCCGAUUGCAGGUUACUGGGACUCCACGCUCAACGCUACCUGCUUGAACCAGCGGGCAAUCUUUGUUGCAGAUACUGCCGUAAGCGCCAUCACGGAUACUGCGGUUUUAUGUAUUCCGAUACCAGUGGCUUUGAGUCUGCGAAUGUCAUGGACAAAGAGACUGAAGGUUAUCCUCAUGCUCAGCGCAGGGGGCAUCGCUACCGCAGCUAGCAUUGUUCGGAUGAUUCUCGUGAUUCAACUGCAAAGGUCCGAUGAUGAACCCGUUGACUUCAUUCGUUUCAAUCUACUUGGGACUGCGGAAGUGAGCAUAGGCAUGAUCUGCGCCUGUCUUCCAGCACUCAACGUUUUAUUCAUGCGCGGAUUUAGUGGUUCGGCAGAAUCGACUCGCAACACCGGCCAAAGUAGCAAAAAGUACUUUGAGCUCAAAUUUCUCAUGGGCAGCAAGCUGCAAACGCAAAAUUUAACGGCAAUCAAUACCACCGGGACGACUGGGCCUGUGUUUGUAAGCACUAGUACAGAGGGCAUGGCACCUAAACAUAGAGAUUCCAUAUUUCCUAUCGAAAGAAUGAGCCGAGUAACCUUGGCCAGACAAGGAGACGUGGAAAGAGGUAUUUGGUCGGAUGAGUGGUAUACAAAAGUCACCGCGUCGCCUUUCUCGGAACCUGGAUCUCCGGAUUGGGCCCGGAAAGGUUCCGUGGGCUUCAUGGAAACAAUAACAGAACUGGGCUAAGGCCUAUGUUCUGCGGCAUCAGCAGCGUACUUAGAUCAUUAGGAUAUUACUUGGUGCACACCAGGAUGAGGUGCCUACCUGGUAGUGAAGUAGGCAGGAGCGAGUUUUACGUUGCGAGAUACCAAGACUUGGCAGGUUAGAUCGACC